AUGUACGACGAUUACCAGGUGACCUGCUCUGGAUCGGAGGGCCUCGUGCCGCUCCGCUUCGAGCAUGCUGUGGAUACAGUCACGGAAACACAGUGCAAACAUUUUCACUCUGACCCCAGCCUACUACUGCAGUCCGAGUCUCGUGAGCUCUUCUUCAACAAAUGGCUGCGGAGCUGCUCUCGAUGUUUUGAUCUAGCGCAGUCCCAGCUGCACGGCCUGCAUUGGACGACCUCUCGACUCGAGGCUCCAUUCCCAAAACUGAUGGUCUCAAGCUCAACAGUCAUGGCACCCCUCAAUGCUGUGCCGGAACAAACUCCUACUGGGUGCUCUUGGUUGUCGAAUUAUGCCGAUGUUGAUAUUUUUAUGGGUCAUAUCGCUGCACCUGGUGAAACGAUAGCUUGGGGGUUUGGGAGCUUCACACAAGGUGAAAGGCGAGCCCGGUCUAGACACUGGGCCUUCAGUCAUUUUCUAGUCCAUCUUGUGCUACUAUUUAUACAGGUGCCAAGAGACUGCCACGCCUCGACGCCGUGA